UGUAAAAAUGAGACAUGAGAAAAUUCUCUAUUCCAUCGCUCGCCCUUCGAGUCGUCGUCUUACAGCAAUUUUCUAAUCUGACAGUGUGCCUUGUAUUGAAGAAACGUCAAAUAAACUAAUGACAGUCCAUCUUUUCGAGAUAGAAAUAGGCGAAUUGCCAGGAAAAGACCAGUGAAUGCCGUCUUCACCCUACAAGCGCCUCGUUUCAGCGGUUUAAGUCACCACAACACUCGGCACAGGACAGUCACCGUGUAAAAGAAGUGACGGAAAUAAAAGAGCAGUUCUGACCUUUAUCCACAAAUAUUUUUCUUCUAUUCUUCCAUGUCGCAUAUAGCAAUUACCGUCAUAGCCACAACACUCACGUGCCUAUCACCAUCCUUGCAGGCAACGACACGCAUCAGUGAACUGUUCUAGCUUCUUGUACAGGCUUCAGGAUAUAUACACACUCGAGAAUCCGAUCGACUGAGAUUUUAUCCCGUGACACCAUAUUUUCAUGAAUAUGUCAGUAGUGCACAAUGAUAGCGUUGGUUUAAGGAUGGCAAACAGCAAGGUGACCGUGGCAAACACGCGCACACACACACGCAGAAAAUGUGCUGUAUGUUUGAAUAUUUGAGUACGAGAAAUAUCUAGGAAAGUGACAUUUAUAGGAUUUCUCGGACUCUGAUAAACGAAGCUUCUUCACACAACGUUUGCGCCGCUAGCCAUUUGAGUCCCGUGUAUGUCAUUUACUCCUCACCUGACACAGUCUUUGGAAGUUCGAGCUACUAGGAGGAUGGGACGAGUGGGCGGCAGCGCGUUGAGGGCGUGUAUCGGACAACAAUGGGCGGGGGUGUUCAGGAUGGCUUUCAUCGCUGUAGCCUUAAAUCUAGUCUACAGUAGCAACACACAAGUUACUCGUUUUGAAAAGAUUAGCCCGUCAACUUUCCCGUCAGACCUGAAGUCCUGCCUUCUGCUGCAGUUCGAUAUGGCCACUCCUUCCAGCAUCCUGUGUGCAGCGUCCUGUGCCAGACAUUCUUCCUGCAAUUUUUUCUGUCUCUACGAUCUUGAGUGUCUUCUGUUCAGCGCCAUCGUGUCAUAUGAGUGGCAAGGCUCCUUGGAUACGGAUGCUGUCACCUUCACUCGGUGCUACACAACCUUCGGGAUGGAUGACAACAUUGCCACUGGAGGAGUUGUGAAUUCCUCCAUAACCGCCGUUUACUCUGAUCCAUGGUGGGCGGCGGACGGUUAUUUCUGUUUGUCCAUGCUCCACUGCUUCAACUCCAUUAAAGGAGUGGAGCCGUGGUGGCAGGUGAGUUACCAAGAAGAGAAGGUCGUCGUUCAAGUCAUUGUCCAGCAGCAUCCAUUGUUUCGUCUCCCAAUAAAAGUGUGCAUUGGCAACGAGCAAUCUUCCGAUUAUAAUCCUUCGGUUGGUCCGCUCGAUCCUCCUGAGAGUGGACUUUUGGUAUUUGAUCUGCAGCCUCCCUUAGUGGGCAGGAUUAUCACUAUUGUAGGAACCCCCGGCCCCGGAAUACUUAGUGUCUGUCACUUUGUCGUCAACGAGUUGCAUCCUGAGUAGUCCAUCAGGACACAGGCUUAAGCGCACGGCUCACAGGGGUGACUACAGACAAGUUGCUGACGAGAUGAACAUCGACACGCCGCACACUAGUAUCUAAGUUCCAGCAAAUAUUAUAACUUUAUAUUUGACAGCAACUAGCAACUUUUAAUUCAGACAAGUGUUAUUGACUACUCCCACGAAGUUUCACUAUUUUGUUGUUAUAAACUGUUGUGAUAAUCACACUCUACAGCUGCUACUGCUUCUCUGAGUGUUGUUCCUACAAUCUGCAUCCCACCACGUGCGCACCACUUUCACUGUAUGAAUUUUCCAUGUAGUAAGUUGGUGAGUGUGUCUCCUCACCACUUGACGCUGAAUACCCACCUUGAAAAGAGACACUAAUUCACAUAUCCGUUUAGGUUUGAUGUGGGUUGCAGGCAUAUUCGAAACGUAAGGUGUCGAGAGGUUAUAUAUGGAAUAUUUACAAUCAUUAGAACUCGUUAGUUUCGCAGAACUUUGGCCUCUACUACAUUACGCCACUAGCUCCUGUUUUACUCUAACUGUCAGGGAAGUGAAAUAAAGAAUUAACUAAUUAAAUAACAAGUAGAUUACUCGCCUUGGAAAUUAAGAAAGAAGCCAGGUGAAAAUGAGAGAAUUACAACCCAAUAAUUGUUCCUCCUAACAUAAGGUUUGCACAUCAAACUGGCACAAACUUUAUCUUUCUAAACGUUCUCUCGUAGUACAACCUGCCAAGGCUUAGUAUGCAUUAAUAAAGA